AUGUCCCAAGUAAAACUAACAUUACAAGCGCCUCCUAACGUCGAUUUUGUCCAAGGCUAUCCAGGAAUUCCUCCAGGCCCAGGCAGACGACAAGCCACCGUAGAAGGGGCUUUGGAAGUACGCACACCUCAAGGCGUCAAGGCCAAAUGGAUAACCAUUGAACUGCGAAAGGUCGAAACCCUACCCGGAGGAGGCGUCGCCAAUACCUACUAUGAUCCGGUUCCAGGGCCUAUCAAACUGUGGGAGGCGUCGCAGGAUUCAGACUACGAGUUGUUGCGUUCAAGAGACUUCGCGUUCACCAUCCGUAUCCCUGAAUCGAUACCCCCGACGCUCAAUCUCGAUGACCGCGGAUCCGGCAUCAAAUACGAAUUGGUUGGCAGUAUAUGCGUUAAAGGCUCAAAAGGCUUCCUGCGGCGACGUAAAGAGGUCAUAUCCUCAACAACUACACCAAUCAUGAUGAGCAAACAUGAGCUGCAUUCUACUUGGCCUGUUUAUUGUCAGCCGGAAGUUCGCCAAGUUUCCGCCGAAGGCAUGAUGAUGACAGUCUCACGAGAUCGAACUUGCUUUGGUCCCAACUGUGCCAUUACCGCGAUGGUAGUGUUGAAGAGUGAAAGGUUAGGGUCAAUCAUCCUGCGUGGUUUCGAGAUGCAAUUAGUAGAAACUAUGGCCCUCACGACGGCUCAUACUGCCACCAAGAGAGCCCUGACUCAGACCCAUGAGACGGUCAGGGCUGAGUGCAAGCUUCCAGUAAAUGUGUCACUCUAUGGCGGUGAACAGCGUCAAGUUGAACUUCGAUGUAUCGUGCCGCCGCAUCACGCCAGCUCAACUGUCAACUCUGCACGACAUAUCGACAUCACUUACAACCUCAACAUCAAGGCGUUCAUAUCUACUGGCCAGCAGAUAGCGCUCAAGUUGCCGGUUGUCGUGUCCACCUGGCCACAGGAGUACUCAGCGGAAGCUGUUAAGCUUAUUGGCCCCGCUCCUGGUCUAUCGCUCAUUCCUGUAUCCAACAUUCCUUUGGAUCCACAUCCCAACGUUCUGCAAGCUCCAAAUACGUAUUCCGGCAGACCGACACCUAACCAACAAACUGAAAUGUCUAUUGGACGACCUGGAUUGGCAGCGACGUUCGGACCAACCUCUACUCAAGCUUCUUCUAACUUUUCUUCAGCACUCCGCCCAAUUGACGAGUUUGGUCGAACAGGACCACCGAUCACCACCAUCGAAACUCAGUCUAUGAAGCCUGGGCGAGUAAAUCAACCUAUGGAUGCAUCGAGAUCCAGUGUGUACCAAGGCGACGAUUUCUCAGGACCCAGCAACGCUGGUGCGCAAGCUAACAACAUCUCCGGUCCUGGGACUGGUCGGCGACCGCAAUCCGCACGCUCAGGUCAAAAUGCCAAUAGGCUUACUAUUACUAAUGCCAUGCCGUCUGAAAUUCCGGAUGGCAAUGACAAUGCCCAUCAUCAACGGAAUAAUUCAGCUGGAGGCUCAGAUCCGACGACGAAGAAACCCAACCGGGCCUGGCCGACAGCCGAAGAAGAGAAGCAACGAUUAUAUGAGCAGGCUAGAGCCCAGGUAGAAAGGACUCAAGGUGGCGUCGCGCGAGUGAAUACACCACCACUUCGUACCGUGUCCCCUCCACAAUCCGACACGAUACCGGAAACACCUCCGUCCCACACUACACCUUCACGAGGUAAUAAGUGGUUGACCGCCGAAGAAGAGAAAUUGAGGCUAUUCAACGAAGCUCAGGCUGCUGUCCAACUGACACAAUAUGGGGGUUAUUCACCUCCCCCUGCCCCUGCCCCACAACCUCGCAACGUCCCCACAAUGGAUACCCCACAGGCCGCCUCGCCCGCCGCGCGCAUGUACAUGGAAGCCAUGUCCUCGCGAAACAAAUCUAGCAACGUCCCCCCUCCAAAUCAGCAAAGUUCUUCAUCGAGUGCACCAAGUAAAUCUUCGCCGCCAGCCAAAGCAUCUGUUCCCAAGAUGGGUCCACAAUACAUGUCUGCAGCAGAAGAAAAGGCCGCGAUGCGUAGAUUCCAAGAAGCUAAGGACGCGGUGGACAGAACACAACGAAGUCUCGCAUCUUCUCCGGCGAGCCACUCAGCUGCCCUUAGUACCGAAGGUCCGGCACCCGAUCCUAUUGCAUAUGAAUCACUAUAUCCAGCGAACUCGGGCAGCCCUCCAUCACAGCCUACGGGUGACGACCUACCUCCGCCGUUCGAGGCAUCCAUGUCUAGCCCAAAGAUCUCAGAGAAAGAGAGACUUCGCCGCAAUUACGAAGCCCAAGACAAUGCAGCUCGUGCAGCUCAGAGGAACGGGAGUCAGCGAGGUCAACGCCAGAACGGCGUAAAGGCUAACGCUUCGCCCCCACCAGCGGCCGUUGCGCCUCCUAGGUCUGAUUCGCCACCCCCGUUCAAUGCCACUCAAGAUCCCAUUUCACAAGCCAUUUCUGAGAAAGAGAGGGUCCGGCGACACUAUGAGCAGCAAGACGCUCUCGCCGCCGCACACUCGGCCGCGCAUGCUCCGCCUUAUGUAGAUGUCUCAUCAAGUAGCCAAUCCAGACCUACUCCUACACCCCCUCCACGGACAGGUUCUAUCUCAUCCAGCGCACGGGCUAGACCGCCACCCGUUCCACCAACAGCAGCAGCGUCGUCAAUAGUGGCCACAAACUCUCGACCUCUCACUGCCGCGGAAGAGAAAGCCCUUCUCCGCGCCAAAUACGAAGCAGAAGAAGCGAAGCCAUCAUCUCUCCGCUCAGACAGCCCACAGUCACAAUAUUCAAGAGCAGGGAGUACAUCACCGAACCACCUCUCGUAUGCACCAAUGUCCCCGCCUACGACAAGGGCGACGCCGCCACCUAUGCCAACGCAAAAUCAAGUAGCUCCGCCGCCGUUGAUGCCCCGCCCACCCGCAGAGUAUAUUCAGGAAACACAAGAAGAAGACGCCCGAGUGUCCCGUAUCGCUGUAAACGGCAUGCUGCCCCUUCUAGACCAUCCACCAUCUAAAAUAACGACAUCGAUGCCGCCAUUUUCAUCAACGCCUGCGCUAAGGGCAAACGGUGUGAACGGCGUAGGAGGCGCUAGUGGUAACAUCGUGAUCGAUACGCGUCCUUUCACGCCGUUCAGCUCUUCCUUCGAGAAUGCUAUAAAACUUCCUGGCCCUCCCCCUCCCCUUCCUUCUAAACCAGCUGGAGAAUAG